UGCUGCAUUCAGGUGGCACGUUAACAACCGUUGCAACGUACGACAACGUCCCUGCGACGCCAUCCAGUUGUGGACACAGCUACCAGCGUCCUGUGUGGAGGAGGAGGAGGAGGAGGAGGAAUGAUCCGCGCUGGAGGCUUUCAGCCAUGUUAGUUUUCUCUGCUGUUCACGAACGAUGAGAGAGAGGAGCCAUGGCCUUGUCAUUGAGCGGAGACGAUGAGGAAUAUGAUUCAGAGUCUGAGCAGCAGCGGGCAGCCAACCGGCCGAAGCCCAAGAUGGGGACGUCUUCGGCUGUUAAGCUGCCGUCCAACCGCAGCUCAUCUGGAGCCAGACGCAGGAGGACACGCUGCCGAAAGUGCGAGGCAUGCCUCCGCACCGAGUGUGGAGAGUGUCACUUCUGCAAGGACAUGAAGAAGUUUGGAGGGCCAGGGCGCAUGAAGCAGUCCUGCAUUAUGAGACAGUGCAUCGCGCCAGUUCUGCCCCACACGGCGGUGUGUGUGGUGUGUAAAGAGGCCGGGAAGGAGGACACGCUGGAAGAAGAGGAGGAUAAGUUCAACUUCAUGCUUAUGGAGUGCUCCAUCUGCAACGAGAUUGUCCAUCCCAACUGCCUCAAGGUGAACGAUGCCUCAGGAGUGGUGAACGAUGAGCUCCCCAACUGCUGGGAGUGUCCCAAGUGCAACCAUGCUGGGAAAAGUGGAAAAGCAUUGAAGCAAAAAAGGGGUCCAGGGUUCAAAUACGCCUCCAACCUCCCUGGCUCUCUGCUGAGGGAACAGAAGCCUGUGAAGGAGGAGGGGGACAUUUCUGCUGCAGCCAAGAGGAGACCUGACAGAGAGGAGACGCCCAGGUACAGACCCGAGGACUCCCUCCACCGACAGCCACCACUGCUCUCCCCCAGCAACCUGCCCCGGCCCAGGCCUGAGGACAAACUGCGGAAGAAGAGGAAGCUUUUUGAUGAUGAUGAGGAAGAGGACCUUGGUGUGAGGAAGAAGGAAAAGUCAGACGAUCCCUAUUUUUCCAAACUUCUGCACCAAAUAAAGACAGAAGACGAGGACGAAGACGCAUAUGAGGAGGAUGAUGAAGAAGGAAGGGAGCCUCUCUUCCGGAGUGGUGUGGAGAGGAACAGGCGUUUGGGAACCACAGAAGAAGAAGUAGAUGACAAAGACUCCAAGAAUGAACUUUUGAUUCCGUCCCUCAAAACGCCUGUCGCAGACAGCGACCAGUCUCAUUGCAGCUCUCCACAGGCCGGCCCCAGCAGCGAGGGCGGAAGUGAGACCCAAGAGAAAGGUCCACGUCCGAAAGCUCGCCGCAAGCGCCGUUUACCUAACAGGGAGCUGAGCAGGGAGCUGAGCAAAGCACUGAACCAGGAAAUCCAGAAGACGGAAGACUGCCUGGCCAACGAGAAUCGCCAGCCCCUCAAGGUGGAGCCGGAGUUCGAAAACGAGGAACCCAAGAGGUUGUUCCGCAACGGCAGCGAGCUGGGGGAUCAGAGGCCCCACCUCAAGACCAAAGAGAUGAACGGGACUCCCUGGGAACUGCGCCACUUCUACCCGAGUCAGAUCACUCCCCUGGGCUUCAACAGAAGCACGCCAACCAACCGGCCGGUGCCUCCACGCUCCCCACCCAAGUGUGUCCAAAUGGAGCGGCAUGUCAUUCGGCCUCCUCCGAUAAGCCCACCUCCAGACAGACUGCCUCUGAAAGACGGGAAAACCCACGUCAUACAGCGCGAGGUCUGGAUGAAGAUCUUUGGCUAUCUCACACACCAGGAGCUGUGUGUCUGCAUGAGAGUUUGCAAGACAUGGAACAGAUGGUGCUGUGAUAAGAGACUUUGGACAAAGAUCGAUCUGAACCGCUGCACCUCCAUCACUCCACUCAUGCUGAGCGGGAUUAUCCGCCGACAGCCUGUUUCCCUGGACCUCAGUUGGACCAACAUUUCCAAGAAGCAAUUAAGCUGGCUUAUUAACAGAUUGCCAGGUCUGCGAGUGUUGAGGUUAUCAGGGUGUUCUUGGGCGGCUGUGUCUGCCCUCUGCACUUCAAGCUGCCCUCUGCUACGCACCCUGGAUGUCCAGUGGGUGGAGGGACUCAAAGAUGCACAGAUGAGGGACCUCCUCUCACCUCCCACAGACAACAGACCAGGUCAGCUGGAUAACCGCUGCAAGUUGCGGAACGUGGAGGACCUGCGGCUUGCGGGGCUGGACAUCACUGACACGUCCCUACGUCUCAUCAGUCGGCAGAUGCCUUUACUGUCCAGGCUGGACCUGAGCUACUGCAACCACAUCAACGACCAGUCAGUCAACCUGCUGACGGCGGCAGGGACCACGACCAGAGACUCCCUCACAGAAAUCAACCUGUCAGUUUGUAACCGGGUCACAGACCAUUCCCUUAACUUUUUCAAGCGUUGCGGAAGCAUCUGUCAGAUCGACCUUCGCUUCUGCAAGCAGGUGACCAAGACGGCCUGUGAAAGGUUCAUCGCAGAGAUGUCUGUGAGUGUGCCGUUUAGACUGAAAGAGGACAAACUUCUGCAGAAGACAAGCUAGUUCCUAACAGGACAAAACAGACUGAAAGAAGGUCUUUGCACUUAAUGGAACAAAAAAAAAAUUUUUUUUUUCUUUUCAACCUGGUCCUGUGAUAAGUCUCUGACUCAGUGUCACAAUAAACUGAAAUGAGAGACGGAGAUAUCUGGAUAGAGAUCUAAAACGGACUCUUCAAAUGUAAGAGGGUGAUAAAGGAUCACUGGACAGAUAAAAGAGGAAAUAGCAUGCAUGUAUUUGUGUUGAGAUUGUACUUUUUAUAAGACGUGCUUGUAACUGACUGUUGGGUUGUUUAUUUUUAUUCUUUAAAUAUUUGAAAGCACAGUAUUUUUAUACGAGCAUCAUUUCAUGAGUUUACAGUGUCUUUCACACCUGCUCAGGAGCUAAAUAUCACAGAGAGACUAACACAGGAUGUGAACUGAAUAUUGUGCCAUUCUUCAGUUUUCUUUCGUACAACAGCGUCUCCUGUGAGCCAAAAUCAGUUUUUGACAUGAAUGACUUCAGUAUCAAACAGAAAAAUUAACAUGUACAGUAAUAAAUAUCUGACUAAAUUAUGAUAAACACUUUUUGAAUAUAUAGAAUGUAUUUCAACAAUUAUAAAAAUCAAGUAAACAAAUUUCAUAUUCCUGUUACACCUCAUUUGUCUUCAGUUACAGUAACACUUUUAUGAACAGUGCUGUGUUUGAUGGGGUUUUCUCCACCAUUUCGACAUUAAUUUAUUAUUUUUUUAUUACAGUUUGUAUUUAUUCAUGUAUUUAGCAACUAGUGCUUGACAUAGAUGUCUCACAGAGCUGGGUCAGAUAAUGCUUGCAAAUAAUUUAUCAAGGUUGUUUGAGCUUAUUGCAGGACCCAGUUGGUGGGGUUUAACACUCGAGUCAGUACCAGGAUGUUGUGAGUCAUAGCAACUGUGACUGACAGCGUUCCCAGCACUGACUUUCUAGACUGCAGUCAGCCCCGCACCUCUGGUUCUACGUACAGGUUUAAAUAAACAACCAACUAAAAGACCUUUGCAAAUAACUCAUUUGCAUAAUGUUUAAAUAAUAACUCCAUACAGUCGGUGUUGUGUGUAUUUGGGAUGUAUUGUGCUGUAAUUGAUCUGCUAUCGCCUCAGGUGAAUGUGAUAAUGUUUAUAUUUGUAAAUCCAAAAACUAAGUGCUAAUAUGCAUUAAAAGAAUUUCAUUUGUACCAUCA